GCGUGGUGGUUUGGCGCCAGCAAAUUUCGCGGGGUAACGGCACAAGACAUAGAAAAGGAGGCUGAAAUAGGAGCCAUUAAAAGCUGCACUUCACAGAAAACAAUCCAGACAGUGAAGCGUGGUGGCCGCUGAAGUGAAGCUUAUUUGCUGCCGUCGGCGCUGUGUAUGUGUCCCUUCUCAUAACUCCGACCUAGCUGUAUCUACAGUGGCGGGUGAUCGCAGCUUCACCUACUUCUCACUGAGGGCGAGAAGGUGAGUAAUAAUGAUGGCGACGGCAGGGCCUCUGAGCAACUCCAGCUUCCUCCCUCUCCUCGAGUCUCUGGAGGACAGCACUGCUGGACAGUCAGAGCAGACAGAUGCCUACCUCACCAUCGCCAAUCGGCUCAGUGGAGAGGAGGGGCGCCAGUUCCUCCCUGCAGUUGAAAAGCACUUUUCUCGUUUGGGUAAAGCCAUCUUGGCUCACAUAACUAGUCCAAAUGCUGAGCUGAGCCAAGCUGCCUUACAAGCCUUGGGGUUUUGCGUAUACCAUUCUCAUGUUGUCUCUGGAGUGUCAGAAGUCUUUGCAGCGGAAAUACUGUCAGCACUUUGCUUGCUGGUGUCGAAGGCGACUGAUAAGAACACUUGCACCAGGGCAUUGUGGGUGAUUUCCAAACAGAGCUUUCCUGCAGAAGAAGUCUCUAAAAAAGUGCCGUCCAUACUGGGAACACUGGAGAGCGUGUGGAAAAGGGAAGACAUCCACUCUGUGGUAAUGGAGCAUGAAGCCUUGAAUGUCAUAAUCAGGAUGCUGGAGCAGGUGCCUACCCAGAUGGGCGAAGGAGCAGUACAGUGGGCAAAGCUGGUAAUCCCUCUGGUGGUCCACUCUGCAUCAAAGGUGCGUCUGCGGGCCGCCACAGCCAUGGAGAUGGGCAUGCCCCUUCUACUGGAAAAGCAGAAUGAGGUGUCUGCUGUUAUUGAAACAAUGAUGUCCACAAAACUGAUACCAGAACUGCAGAAACUUUUCAUGUCCAAGAACGAAACCAAUGUCCUGAAGCUGUGGCCUUUGUUUGUGAAACUGCUUGGGAAGCUGCUGCACAGAGGAGGUCCCUUCAUCAACUCUCUCCUGCACCUGGAGGAGCUUGGUUUCCGCAGCUCGUCUCCUACCAUUAAGAAGAUCGCCUUUCUUGCCUGGAAGAGCCUCAUUGAUAACUUUGCUCUGAAUCCAGACAUCUUGUGCAGUGCCAAACGUAUGAAGCUCCUGAUGCAGCCGCUCACAUCCAUCAAUGUCAGAACGGAAGCCCUGCUGCUCACCAAGGUGGAGGUGUGGUGGUACCUGGUGAUCCAACUGGGGCCCAACCUGUCACCCAACUUUGACCAGGUUUCUGUACCUCUGCUCCAGUGCACAAUCGGCUCCGACUCUUCCUCUUCUAUACCAGGCACUCCUUCCAGAACUAUCGCUCAAAAUAGCGCUGCUGCUCCUGGUACACCCAAGACUGCAAGUGCUCCAGGCUUCAACAGCCCAGCCAACACAUCUCGGAUGAGCCUGAACUCCAGCAUCCAGCUCGCCUCCUCGAUACCGUCGAUUCAGCUGCUCGGACUAGAGAUGCUGCUGCACUAUUUUCGAGGUCCAGAGGUUGUUGCGACUGCAGCAAAACACAAACUCAUCCUGAGUCUCGAGCCCCUGAACCACCCGCUCCUCUCUGGUGCUUCCUCCUUUACUAAACAUGCUGCUGUGCUCAUCUCGAAUACCAGAGAUGGCUUCAUCAACAUCGGAAAAGAUGCUCCAGAAUCUCUUCUGACCCUCAUAUGGACAAGUCUUGUCCGGUUUGUUUCCCUGACCAUAGAGUCCGGCAAUAAGAAGGAGCGACAGGGAAGCGAAGUACUGACACUGAUGCUUCAAGCUCUGCAGAGUAUCAUCACCUCAGAAUCUCUGCCUGCAGACAGAGUCCUGGUUCUGUUUGAAGCCACAGUGAAAGGAAUUCCUCAGAGAGUUCUCAGUUCUGCAUCUUAUCAAGUGGGCAAGAUGGACGUGCUAAAUGGAACACCUGCUCUCUUCCUCAUCCUCCUCCUCUACGACAGCAGCAUGCUUCCAGCCUACGUUGAGGAUGAGAGGUUUUAUCACUGCCUUCAAACGCUGGUCAACUGUGGACUGUCAGGUCCAACCUCCCCUCUAGCAUUUGCAGAAUCGCUGUUGGGUGCCAUCAGCCGCAGUGCCACGUCUCUGCAGAACAAGGAGCAGCUGCUGAGAAUGUGGAGCGUGGUCGUCAGCUCCCUCACUGACAUCGUCACACAAACUAAUGAAGUGAACCAAGGUGACGCUCUGGAGCACAACUUCAGUGCUAUGCACUCUGCCCUGAUGCUCCCCAUUACACAUCUCUUACACAGCACACCACUGCCACAGCUGGCUCAGAAGUCGAUGCUUUCUUCAUGGUCCAAGCUCUACAAAGUAUUUGCUUGCUGCUCUGCAUUGGUGGUCACAGCUGAGGAGAACAUCUGCUGCGAGGAGCUCUGUGCAAAGAUGGAUGCUGCAAUAGACAGAGAAGCCCUAAGGGUUCCUUCGACGUGUAAUGCUGUUGCCAGUAUCCUCCAUGUCAUGGUCGAGUGUGUGGACUUCUCUCCGUACACGCCUCAGUUUCAGCAGAAGCUUAAGUCCCCCCAUACUCCUGUGAAUUGGAUGCGAAAGAGGAAUAAAGCCCUGGGCAACCUGUCUAUGUUCCAGUCCCUGCUGGUACAGUGUUUAGAGGUUUAUCUGGAGGACCCUGAGACUUCCUCUGAGGCAGUAGGCUCGGCCCUGCUGUCCGUCCUUUCUGCUCUCUUCACAAACCUCGUUCUGGCAAAUGUUGUCCAGGAGGCUCUGAACUCUCUGAUUCAUCCCCUCACUCUCCUUUAUAAAAAUGCAGCCAGUGAGCCAUCCAAGUUCACCUCACAGCUUCUGGGAAAGUUGGAGAAGCUUCUUGGUGAGGUUUUCAACUGCUUGCAAAGCCGUUCCUCUCUGGCCCACAAUGAUGAACUCCUGGCUUUGCUCUCUCCUCUGCUUUGUGUGGUGUUUCCGCACAAGAACAAGCACCUCCGCACCUCAGUCACCCAGUUCUGGAACUCCACCUUUGCCAAUGCAGUCAGCCUCACGUAUCCUGAUGAGAUGAGGCCAGUACUGAGCCAGGUGAAACAGAAGACCCCCAUCAUUCUUCCUGGCUUCGAGGUCGUCAGCUAUCCCGAUGAGCUCAGUGGACAAUAUUCAAGUGAGAAUUCUCAGUUGGAGACAAAGCUCAGCGGGAUGCCGGUUUCAUCUGUGGGGAAGAGGGACUCGCUGCUGGGAAAGACUGCUGAGCUGAAGGAGAAGAGCUCAAUGAAGACUAACAAGCCAGUUUCUACAAAACUGGACUUUGGUUCACCCAAGCCACCCCGCAGGGAGGUCUUGGAAGAAGAGGCAUCCAUCGACUUUGUGUUCAUUCCUCCUGAGGCGAAGGAGAGAGUUCUGACAGAGCAUCAGAAAGAGGUGAAAAGGACUAAAAGAGUUGACAUUCCUGCCAUGUACAACAACCUUGAUGCCUCUCUGGAUACCACGGCCUUCACACAGUACACGCAGAGUCAAGAAGACUCUUUGGACAAAUUGCCAACUGAACAAGUCGAUGUUGUAAACAAAAAGACUACUGACAAGAUGGACACUGAAAAAGAAGAUGCUGAAAUUCAAACGAAAGAGACGCAAGACUAUGCCAGCCCAACAGAUGCAGAGAAGUUGACAGAAAAUGGCAAGCAGCAAGAGACUAUCCCAGAGUGUGCAGAUGUUUCGAUGGAGGAGCAUGCAAAGAGUGACGAUAGGGGUGAAGAUGUAGACAAAGAGUCUAAAGAAGGCACAAGCCCUAACAUCUCUCCCUCAUCCGAUUUGGUUUCAGGGACUCCCCAGAAACCCAACAGUCGUCGUCAGUCUUUCAUUACUCUGGAGAAGUAUGUUGAGGGAAAACCCGCCAGCCCCAGCACUGCGUCCUCAUUUACAGGCCCUCUUUUAAAGAUAUCCAAUAGCCAAGAACCCUCUAAAACCAGCAAGACAUCAGCCUCUCGGGACUCAUCUCCUGUCACUUGUCCAAACUCUCAGGAUUCCCAAUCCAUUCAGACAGGAAAAUCUAGCUCUCAGUGCUCAGUUAACAAUGCCGACGAGUCCCCUCGAAGACCCAAAGACUGUAGAACAAAAACUGAGCCCGUAAAGCUGACUGAGAGACUGUCUAGUGACUCAAUGGAGGAUGAAAAUGUCAUCCCAGAUACACAGACUGAAAUGGAGAGCACAAAAAGACCUUCUAUUUCACAGGAUAUAAUUCCCUCAAGUCAGGAAGAGGAAUCUCAAUCAGCUCUGGAGGAUUCUCAGUCAUCUCCAAGUCAGACAUCUCCCAGUGAACCCAGACGAUCUGGACGCCAGAGAGUCAGACCUCAGCUCCCUGGAGAGGACCCUGAGGAACGGGAAGCCAAAUACUCACAUGUCAAAAAGAGACGUUCUGGAGAAGAGCCUAUCAGUGAUUCUCCAAAGUCUCUGAUGCAGAGCAGACCAAACACAAGAAGUAAGCAAGCUGCAGAGGAUACCGGUAGAGAAGGAUUGCGCUCAAGAGCUCAGAGGGACUCGGGUGAGUCGAGCCAAACCAAUUCUCAGGGUAGAGCUCGCAAGAAGAUCAAACUGAACACCAGUUCACAGGAGUUACUUGAUAAACCUGGACGUAAAAGGAGAAGCACCAAUGAGUCCAGCCAAACUGAUUUAAGAUCAGACAAGCAGUCGAAUCAUGAAAGCCAAUCACAGGGUGGGCUUAGUCAACAGAGCAAAGCAUUCAGUGAUGAAGAUGGAUUGGAAAAAAACGUUUUGCCUGACACAAAGGAGUCUUGUCAAACUGCCACAGAUGAGCAAGUAAACCACAUUGAAAAAGACAAGGAGUCAGAUACAGACUCCAAAGCAAUCAUUCUUUCUCCUCAAACUGGCGGUGAGUCCCAAAAGUCAGAAAACAAUGGCGAGAAACCGAAGAACUCUGAAAUGGUUAUUUCUUCACCUCAAGUUAAAGGCCAGUCGCAGGAGUCUGAGCCUAUUGGCGACGCCAAAAAGGAUUCUCAAGUUGUCACUACUUCUCCAACUAAUAAGUCCCAAGUUGGCUCAAGCACGACAAAUAUUUUAGGCAAAGAACUACUCAAGGAUGAAGACAACGAACUAGAAAGUAGAGAAGACUCUCAAGUGAUCACACCUUCAUCUACUGAUAGCCCCUCUAAACGUAGAUCAAGAAGAAGUAAGGUAUCAUCUGAAGUGUCAGAAUCUGAAGACAAAAAUGACGAUACAAUUUCAUCAGGAAGGCAAAUGAGGUCUAAUUCUCACAUAACAAAUUCUGUAGUCGGCCAGGCAGACGCUCGAAUUGGAGGAAGGACUAGAAGGAGCAAGUUAUUAGAGGAGCAACUAAAAUCAAGUCCUAGCUCUACACCAGAGAGUUCUCAGUCAUUAGAUCUUUCCGGUUCAGAGUCCUCUCAAGGCAGGGGCAGAUAUUCCAGACGAAGGUCCUCUCCAGCGUUAAUGGCAAGUAUGGAGUCCUCAGAAUCUGAAUCCUCUGAGGUCAGAGAACACUCAGUCAUUCCCAAAAAGAAAAGAGGGAGGCCCCGAGCAUCACUUCAGAGACUUCUUGCAGUCGAAUCGAAGGACACUAUUGAGAAAGAUAUGGAAAAGUUUGACACCGAUGCCUCUCAGGAGUUGGAUAGUCAAAUCACCGAAGCAAAAGAUGUCACUGAUUUGGAGGAAUCAAAAACCCAAGAUUCACCUAGUUCUGAGUUGAUCCAGCAUACAAAUACAAUUGAAGCUCAAAGUAAAGAAGAGUUGCCGAUGGAAGUAGAUGAUGUUCUAGGUCCAGAACCUCAAGCUGAUGACUCAAAGCAAAGGACUGUGCCAGCUAGUGAGACAGAGCAAAGAGACUCUGAAACAAAUGGUGAUGAUUCCACCACACAAAAUCACACAGGGGACUUGGAAAUGAUUGAAUCUGUCGAAGUGUGUAAUGAACAGACACUUGCACCUCCUAAUGAGGCAACGCACAGUGUGCAAGUCAGGGAGUCACCAGAGGAGAAAGCUGAUGAAGUGGUGACAGAAAAACAAAUGUUGGAUUUAAAUUCAGGUCCCCGAGGACCUCCUGAGGAGAACACGGACACGCAAAUGGAGAGUCUAAAAGUUACUGGUGACCUUUCUGAGGAGGAACAACAUGCUGCUUCAAUUCAGCAUUCAGAGGCCAGUGCUGAGAAAGAGACCACACCACCACAGGAGAAUGAAAAAGCUGGUCAAAGUGAGAUUGUGGAGGAUGAACAGAAUACUGCCAGCACUGAUGCUUUGACUGAUGUUUGUAAGACUUCAUUGCAAUCAGAACCUACAAGUAAAGGCGAUUUUCUUGAUUCUCCAGUGAAACAGAAGGACCUGGAAACUGUAAUGGCUCCAGAUAUUGGACAUAGCCCCAGCAGUGGCAAGACCAGAGGUACCUGGUCUCCUUCUGCUUCACCCUCUACCAGUAUUCUUAAGAAGGGCCAGAAGAGACCACUGGAAGUGGACACUCCUUCACCUCUUGUUAAAUCCAGGCGUGUGUCCUUUGCUAAUCCAAUCCAGCAGCAGGAAACUGCAGACGACAUCGAUCGUCGUAGCCCAGCCAUCAGAACCAGCUCACCUAGAAGGUCAAGGGUUACUAAUAUUCCACAGCCAAAGCAUGUCACUACUCCAACAAAGGGCUUGGUGAUACUGAAUCCUAGAAAUCUUCACAGCCCAGGUUACAAGAGCUCCAAGAAAUGUCUGAUUUCUGAAAUGGGCCAGGAACCUCGACCUGUCUCCAGAGACUGCAUCUACCCUGCCCUGGUUGGCUGCUCUACACCUGUGGAAGCUGUGCUGCCUCAGAUUUCCUCUAACAUGUGGUCUCGAGGUUUUGGGCAGCUUGUUCGUGCCCGAAACAUUAAAACGAUCGGUGACCUGAGUGCACUGACUCCCAGUGAAAUCAAGACUCUGCCAAUUCGCUCCCCGAAGAUCUCUAAUGUGAAAAAAGCACUCAAAAUUUAUGAACAACAGCGUAAAGGACGGGGCGGGGAUGAAUUGAAGAGCUUUGAUGAAACAGAGAUGAUGACUUCUGAACUGGAAGAGACAAGUGUCCCUCAAAACAUAGAAGAGGAUAAACCGUCAGGCGACACACUGGCAACAGAGCUGGUGGACGAGCCUGUUUGUGCAGAUGAGAGACCUGAGCAGGACGCCUCUGGGAAUCUGACACCAGAGGUGCCAGAUGGAGAUGAGACAAUUGAAUGCCAGCUACCCCGAGACAGUCUGUCAUCAGAAAUAGAGACACUGUCCUGCAGAAUGACACCACAGGAACUGAGCGUCUGCUCACCACAGCAGCUUGUUGAGAUGCACGAUCAGUUGGGAGGCAUGAUGAGACGUGUCGUGGUUGAGCUGCAGACUCGCCUUUGCCAGACAGACGGCAAACACUGAAAGGACUGAAGCAUGUAUCUGUUAUGAAGCACACACCGAAGGGUUUCAAGGACUGCAACAAAAGAUACAAAUA